AUAGCCCAUGAAAAUAGCCACGGUGUGAGGGUAGAGAGACAGCCAAUAAAAAUUUGCGAAAGCUCGCCCUCUAUGCUCUCCGUUCUAAGUUCCCACCCGCCACCGUCCCGUUCCGGCAUCGAUUAGCCGACAAAAGUCACAGAGCAAAGACGACGAUAAAAAGAAUUCCAUUUUUUAUUUUAAUUUAUAAAAAAUUAAUAAAUAUAUUACUAAAAAAUAUCAAAAGACGAACUCUUCACAAAAGACACCCUACUCACCUCACUAAUAUCACCGCAUUCCCUUUCUCCUUCUCUCCAAUUCACUCUCUCCCUCUCUCUCAUCCUGUCUCUCUCUCUCUCUCUCUUUCUCUCUAGUAUUAGGGGUAGGGUCUCACUUUAGAAUGUGAAAGUGAAACCCUAACUACGGUUUCUACGAGAUCUGUACUAAAUCACAGCAUUUUCUUACUGUAAGUUUUUGCUUGCUGAAUGGGGAAUUGCUGCCGAUCUCCGGCCGCCGUCGCCAGAGAAGAUGUGAAAUCCAACUUCUCCGGCCAUGAUCACGCCAAGAAAGAUGCCGGAGCUGCUAAGAAGGCACCGAUCACUGUCCUCACUGAUGUUACCAAGGAGAAUAUCGAAGAGAAGUACCUUGUCGAUCGCGAGUUGGGCCGUGGCGAGUUUGGAGUUACUUAUCUUUGUAUUGACCGUGAUAAUAGAGAGUUACUGGCCUGUAAGAGUAUUUCCAAGCGGAAACUGAGGACUGCGGUGGAUAUUGAAGAUGUGAGGCGCGAAGUGGCGAUAAUGAAGCACUUGCCUAAGAAUUCUAGCAUUGUGAGCUUGAAGGAGGCCUGCGAGGAUGACAAUGCGGUACAUUUGGUGAUGGAGUUGUGCGAGGGAGGAGAACUGUUUGAUCGGAUUGUGGCCAGAGGGCAUUAUACGGAGAGAGCAGCUGCGGCUGUCACACGGACGAUUGUGGAGGUUGUGCAGCUGUGCCACAAGCAUGGAGUAAUUCAUAGGGACUUGAAGCCCGAGAAUUUUCUCUUUGCAAAUAAGAAGGAGAAUUCGCCUUUGAAGGCCAUUGAUUUUGGCUUGUCAAUAUUUUUCAAGCCAGGUGAGAGGUUCUCUGAAAUUGUCGGAAGUCCAUAUUACAUGGCUCCAGAGGUGCUCAAGCGGAACUACGGGCCAGAAAUUGACAUAUGGAGUGCAGGGGUUAUUCUUUACAUUUUGUUGUGUGGAGUUCCCCCUUUUUGGGCUGAGUCUGAGCAAGGAGUUGCACAGGCCAUUCUUCGUGGGAUUAUAGACUUCAAACGGGAUCCAUGGCCAAACAUUUCUGAGAGUGCCAAGAGUCUAGUCAAGCAGAUGUUGGAGCCAGACCCGAAGCUUCGACUGACUGCAAAGCAAGUGCUAGAGCAUCCAUGGCUCCAAAAUGCUAAAAAGGCUCCAAAUGUUCCUCUUGGUGAUGUUGUCAAGUCUCGACUUAAGCAAUUUUCAAUGAUGAACAGAUUUAAAAGAAAAGCCCUUAGGGUUGGUUUUUCCACCAAAGUUUUCAUCUUUUUGUUUCUAUCAUUCUAUGUUAUUUUUACAUCCAGAAAAGAAUUAUUUGGUACUUUAAUUCAGGUUAUUGCUGAUUUCUUGUCCAUUGAAGAAGUUGAAGACAUCAAAGAGAUGUUCAGGAAGAUGGACACAGAUAAUGAUGGUAUUGUUUCAAUUGAAGAAUUGAAAGCUGGACUUCGUAAUUUUAACUCCCAGCUUGCGGAGUCUGAAGUUCAAAUGCUUAUUGAAGCUGUAGAUGCUAAUGGGAAAGGUACACUAGAUUAUGGGGAAUUUGUUGCUGUUUCCCUUCAUCUGCAAAGGAUGGCCAAUGAUGAGCAUCUCCGCAAGGCAUUUUCCUGCUUUGACAAAGAUGGCAACGGUUAUAUUGAACCAGAUGAACUCCGGGAUGCAUUGAUGGAAGACGGUGCAGAUGAUUUUACAAAUGUAGCAAAUGACAUCUUCCAAGAAGUGGAUACAGACAAGGAUGGGAAAAUCAGCUAUGAUGAGUUUGUUGCUAUGAUGAAAACUGGAACAGAUUGGAGGAAGGCUUCCCGUCAUUAUUCCAGGGGAAGAUUUAACAGUCUAAGCAUGAAGUUGAUGAAGGAUGGUUCACUAAACUUGGGAAGUGAGUGACAUAUAUUUACACAAGGUAUCAGUUUAAUUAAAUCCAUGAAAAGAAAGUAUUAGGGUCACAUUGUCCAUCUUAGACUUGCUUUCUUCUGUGAUUAUUUCCUGGGGCCAUCUUGAUUAUUUGGGGCCCUUUUGCUUGGGAGCUUAGGAGGAUUAUGAAGGCUGAGUACAUCUUCUCUCUCUCUCUCUCUCUCUGCAAAUGUUGAUUAUGUAAAAAUAGUGCCUUUGUAGCUUUGGUCCAGGAUGUAUGAUUCUGUCCUUUUUAUCAUUCCAACCUUUGAUAAUUGUUUCCUGUUGACAUGAGACAUGAGAAUGUGAGUUUUGAACUCCAUAGGGCUGUAGUAUAUUCUCCUCAAAGAAAGAGUUAAUGCGAUGAUAUAUUCUGCA